UUUUUUUCUUUUUUUUUUUUUUUUCCGCCGAAGCCGAGCGGGCGCUGCUAGCGGAGGCGCCAUAUUGGAAGGGACAAAACUCCGGCGACAGCGAGUGACACAAAUAAACCCUUGGACCCCCUCGCUCCCCCACCUCUGAGGGCCGCGAUGUUGUACCUAGAGGACUAUCUGGAAAUGAUUGAGCAGCUACCAAUGGACCUGCGGGACCGCUUCACCGAGAUGCGCGAGAUGGACCUGCAGGUGCAGAAUGCAAUGGAUCAGCUAGAACAAAGAGUCAGUGAAUUCUUCAUGAAUGCAAAGAAAAAUAAACCGGAGUGGAGAGAAGAGCAAAUGGCAUCCAUUAAAAAGGAUUACUAUAAAGCUUUGGAGGAUGCAGACGAGAAGGUACAGUUGGCAAACCAGAUAUAUGACUUGAGUUUAGUGUCUACUUUUUGGUUUCUUUGUGGAAGAGAGCCAGCGAGUCCACAGUCAGUAGUAGGUCAAGAACCUUAUAUUUUAGCCAAAUCUACGUUGCUAUAAGAUUGUAGCUGAUGUUAGACUUUUUUUGUUUUUUUAACAAAAAUGGGUGUUUAUUAUACUAAUCCUUAUCUUCUUAAGGGAGUGUGCUUACUUGCCUGAUAAAUCAUCUUGAGAUUGUUUCUGUGACAAAAUACACGUAAGAGUACUAUGUUGAUAGUUCUUGGUAGUCUGAUUAAAAUGAAGAAGAGACUUAUUUCAAUCUGUGUUAAUGGAUAGCACUCAGCUGUCUAUUAAGUGACGUCAGUAGAUAGCACUCAGCAACUGGCAACAGGUGGCAAAACUGGGAAACAUGAUUAAGUGAACUUUAAAAACAGGGUUUUUUACAGUAGCAGCAGCACUUCUUAAAGAUUGAAAUCACCAAGAAGACAGAUAUAUGCAAUAUUUCUCAAAUUGGUAUAAUUAUGGGUUUUUUUUAAUGUAACGCAUCUUCUCCCAAAGUAUAUACUUUAGGAAAUACUCAUUUCUGAUUCUUUCUCAAAGCAAGUUAAAGCUGAAGACAAAUGCUCACUUUUGAUUAACUUUAGCAUAUGGAUUCAUAUCUUAUUUUUGUAGUCUUGUGUGGAUACAGUUUUAUUACUGAACAGAUACAUGUUAAUAUAAAUGUCAUUGGUGUGCAUGACACAGAUAAAAGGUACAUAUCCCAUUUGGUAUACAUUGUGAAUGCUAUACUAAACUAGAAAGCAUUUGUCAUGUAAAACCACAGAAAAUGCUUAAUUGUUUUUACAUAGUGAAAAUAUUUUAAUGGAUAUAAAGACCUAGACUCUUUUGCUCAUACAGUUAGUCUGAAAACAGUUUCAUUAAAGAUACUGACUAAAGGAGGGUAGAGUGGGCUGGUGGCUUGAUUUACUGUGGAACGAAAACCAAAAAAUAUUCUAAAUUGUUUUGGUCUUGAAUUAGGUCUAUAAACAUAGAGAAAGACAUUUAUGUUUGAAUCCAGGACUAAUUUGUUUAAAACAUUCUUUCUCAUAUGUAGUGACUAGGUGUCAAUCUUUAUUUAGAAACUACCUGCUUUUUAAAUCAUAUAGCUCUUUGGUUCCAAUCUUUUGUUUAUAUUUUAUUUUACUACUUUUUACACCUUUAUUAAAAGUACUUCAUGCAUUUAGAAAAAAAUAUGUAUAACAAAUAUAUGCUUUUUAAAUGUGUGUGUGUGUAUCCAUCUCUUGUUUACAAACCACACUCUUCAUCCACUGUGUACUUGGUGUAAUGGAGUUUUAUGUGGGUACAAUGGAGGAAUGAAGAGUAAAUGCUAUAAAUGCUCCUGUCCUCAAGGCGUCUGUUAACUAGUUGGGAAGACAUGCCCACAGAGACAUGCCCAUAAGUAAAGUGGAGAGCCUGUAUAGAAACAUGUUAACAAAUAAAGAUUAAUACAGUUGGGUAUUAAGGGGAUCUGGUAAAAGACUGACCUAAGUCAAGCAGAGUUACUGUUGAUUUCUUGGAGGGUAUGAGAUGAGUUUUGAACAGAAUUUAUUCAGAGCCUCGGGGGCCUGGAUUCAGGUAUUGUAUUGAGGGGAAAGCAUUUCACUCAGAGGUAAUGGAUAAACACAGAAUGAAAAUAAAAAUUAGUAACUUCUUUGAGGGAGAUAGGUUAUCUAGGCUAGAGAUUGAAGGAAUAACAGGUGAUGUAUUAAAUUUAAUACAAUGUAAUGAAUGUAAUAAAAAGCAAGGACCCAUAAUGGAUUCUUGCAGACGUGAGUUCAGCUACUUCACUGACAGUAAGACUUUGCAAAAGUUAUUUAAUCCUGGAACCUCAGUUUCCUUAUCUGUAAAAUAGCAGUAUUAAUUUGUGCCUUAAAGGAAGAUUUGAAUCAAUCUCUCUCUCUCUCUUUUUCGACAGAGAUAUAGAGACAAAUAUAGAUACAUCUGUAUACAUAUGUCUAUAUCUGUCUCUGUAUAUCUCUUAUCUAUAUCUGCGCGCGCGCGCGCACACACACACACACACACACACACACACACACAGUGCUCGUAGCUUGGCAGAUAGUAGGCACUCGCUCUUUAAAAAAACUCACUUCAUCUCAUUUCUCUAUCAAGUUUUCUACUUUCCUGAAGCCACUGCUUCCCUUUCAGCUCUGCCAAGUUAAACCUGUUUUUAUUUUCCAUAGUCCCCCAUUAUUUAUUUCUAAGACUGCCUUUUGUCUUUUCUCUACUCUUUCCUAUCUCUGUCCCUUUCUUUCCCUCCCCUUUUCUUUUUGUUACUCCCCCCUUCUUCCUUUUUAAAGACUCCAUUGCUAUUCCAGGUGACCACGAUAUCCUUAAUAUAAAAUCCAUUCUUCUUGAGACUUUAUGUUAAUUUAUUAUCUUCCCGCCUUUGUGGCCUUUCUCAGUCUCCUUGGGUAUCACUCAGAGCGGUUGCUGUUCUGAAGGGUUCUGUCUUUGACCUGCAUUGUUUCUUACUCUGUUCAGUGGUUCGCAUGUAAAGGUAGUUUUCUUCUCAUCUUCAGCCCCAACUCCAGAGGCUGAUGAGACCAAAUGCCACACGGUAAAGCACUGUUGUGAUGCCAGUUUUACCCCCUCCCCGCCACACUCACCACCCAAGCCGAGAAACAUUUCUCCAUUACUUUUCCAUGUGUGUGCUCAGUUUUAGCAAUUAUGCAAUAAUUAUUCUUCAAGCUCAAACUUCUCCUCUGAGUCUGUUCUUAUCUGAGAAUUCCUAGGCCCUGGAACUCAUUGUAUUAAGACUUAAGUCUUCUUGUUUUACUUCUUUCACUAGCAUCACUUCUCAUGAAUAAAUAAUUGUUAAAAUGUUAAAAUCAAUUAUGCACCCUCAUUAAAUUCCUAUAACAUUUAACAGGUGAGAGCUUAGAAGGCCCUGUGCUUCAGAGGUGAAUAGAUAGGAUAUAGUGUAAGCGUAAAAAUACAGUAAUUUUUAUUUAUAGAUCCUUUACCCAGUAAACAAUGGUACUUGUAUUUAUACAGUUCUACCUAGUGGGAGAGUAUAACUUUCACUCAUACAGCAAAUAUUUAUAGAUCUCCAACUAUGCGUGGUAACUGGUGCUGGAUGGGCAGUAAUGAUACAGACAGGCAAUGAAUAUAGGCAAACUAGAUUAUUGGAGAUUUUGGUAAGUGCUGUGAAGGAAAUAAACAUUGUGGAAAGAGGGGGAAAGAGUGAGUCACUGGGGGAGGCUUUAAGAGUCUACUAGUCAGGAUGAGUGUAGUCUAAGGAGGUGACACCUGAGGCAGUACUUGGAAAGCGAGAAAGAGCACAGCCAUGUGACAGGCUUAAGGAAGAACAUUUCAGGCAGGUGAUGGACCAAGUGCAGUGUCUGAGGUGCAGUGUCUGAGUCUCCUUGGGUAGACUGACAGGUUGCACCAGGAAAGAGGCCAGUGUGCUUGGUGUGUUGUGGGAAAGAAGAGGGUGUGAGCGGGGCAGGCAGAGGCCGGCACGCGCAGGCCUAAAAGCCGAUGAAGCAGUGUUUUUAGUCUAAGAGCAGGGGGAGGCCAGUGAAAGAUGUUAAACAGAGGAGUGGGACACACCUUAGAGGACAUUGUAUGUAUGGCUUUGCUUAAACAUUAUAUUAUUAUGGAAAUGUCAAGUAAGCAGGUAUUAUUGUUACAGGUUUUGAGAUACAGCAAUUGAGUAUAUAAUUGUGUUUGAUUUUGCCCCUCAAUGUUUUCUAUAGCACAGUAUUUAAUUGUAUUAUUUUUCAUUAAAAUAUUUUAUUUACUUUUAAAAUCAAUAGUAAGCUUUCUAUUCCUGUGACCAGCACUGUACUGACUACCUCAUUUAUUAAGGAAAAAAAUCAGACUGCAUAAAUAUCCACAAAUGAAGAAAUUUGUGGAACUAGGGGUUCAUUGGAACGAACCGACGCUUUAUUUAAGAGGGUUUAGUGAAAUUUGACUAACAGACUAAAAAAACAUCUAUCUUAUUAAAAUAAUUUCCUUCCAGAAUCCUGAUGUUCAUAGGUUUUAAACACUUUUUGGUGUUCCUCAGUCAGAUGUCACUGUCAUAAGGCCACAUUAGAUUACAAUACCUAGUAAAGGUGAUUUAUAUAUACGCUGAUAAAGCUUGAGCUCUUGGUUAAUGCUUGAAUGGUUUUAGCAGCCUCUUACAGCGCUAAAUACCCUUGAACUUGCUUCUUUUUUAUAUCCUGGUUUAUUCCUGAGAUGAUUAUAUUUCAGGCCCACAUUUUACCUAUAAAUUUGAGAAUUCCUCAUCCGAUACUCUAAUUAAGGAAAUAUAUUAUGUGAGCUUGACCUUUUGAUUUGUCUCCUAUCCUUAUUGUCUUUUAGGAGAAUGAUUAGAUGUAGUUUAUGUGCUAAGGUCUUAAGUAUUUGAUUCACCCUAAAGAUGGAUCAAAUUUUCAUCUAGUUUAAAUUUAAUUCAGGAUGUGAAGAAUCAUUUUCAUGACUUACCAUCAGAGAAAUGAUUUGCCAUCAUGUUUCCUUUUUAUUCCCUAGUUUGCCCUCCUGAUUCCCUAUUACUAGAUCUUUUCAUGGAUAGAAAUUUCUCUCUUAUUGCCAUGGAUUUCCACUUAGAACCUUGUAGACUGAGUGCUCAUUGUGAAAGGGCAAACUUGACAUCUAACUUUUAGAAUUUGACAGUGUUGGAAGCCAUAAAAUCAUGGAAAAACUUUUAAAAAGCUUUAUUCAGUUCAGUUUGAGUCCAUCAAGUGAUACAUUUUAAAAUUUGAAUAUUGGAAAACUGGGAGAGACAAAAGAGAAAGAAUAAAGGAUUACAGCUCUAUGCAAAAAUAAUUAAAGGGUCAGGAUUUUUUGUUUGUUUCAUGCAGAGGGGCCAAGGGUGACUUAAAUAUUUUAUGAUCAUGAAUAUAUUAACAAAUAAUGUUGACAGAAUUUCCUUUGUCUCUGUGAAGGUCAGAAAAAGGACACUAAAUUUAAAGAAGUUAUGAUUUGGGGUUGUAGGAUAUGAUUUAGGAUUGUAGAAUAAGGACCUUUUGUGGCUAGCAUUUAUUGACAUAAAGUGGGGAGCAGAUCAAUAAUUAGACUCUGUGGUCAGCCUUGUGUUAGAAAUCUGUGGUUAAUGGAAAAUCUCUCGAUUGGAUCAGUACCCUCUUUACCACUAUAAAUCAGUCUUACAGGGUCAGGUGUUUCUAGAGCGGUACGGUAACUUGGGUUCUUGCUUCACCUGAUAUCUGGGGGGCCAUUAUGGAGCUCAGCUAGGAUAGGUGCUUUACCCAUUCAGAAUCAUGUAGGUAGAGGGAAUGCACUUAAUAAUAGGUUUCAGAUACAUUCAGUGCAGCUCUUGCUAUUGCUGUUUAAUACUGUUUAAGUAUCCUGUUGCUUUAUAGCUUAAGUUAAAUCUUGUGGUCAACUUCUUUCCAACUCCUAGUUUGAUUUAGUACAGCAGUGGUGAAUCGAAUAAAAAGAAUUCUCAUUGUUUGAUAAUUGCUUAUAAUAUUAAUCAGUUCAUAAUCUUUUUUACCUACCAGUGGGAAUGAUUGAAAGCUCCCUUGCAAAACUCCCCACCACAAUGUGGUUAAGGCUUUUCUGUAUCUGUUUAAUUGUGAAUUCAGUUUUUCGAGUUAUUAACUCUUUGGGUUCCACUGCUUUUUCUGAACUAUCUGAUAUUGGGAAUUCCAUCAUUAUUUCCAUGUUUUCAGGUAUAAUAAACAUUAUUAGUGCUAUCUUAAAAGAUAAUUAAGCAAUUCUUAAAUUCAGGGGUGGAAUGAGUUAGGGAGGUAUGUAUGGUUUCUUCAUCCCACCUCGAUCCCCCCCCCUCCCGCAACCGAGAUUCUAACACUUCCUCUCUAUACUGUCUGCCCCUAUGACAGGUCACACCAGACUUUGUUUUUCUCUGAGAAUUCUGUUUGUCUUCUUGUCUCUAUACACUCUUUAGUUCUUUAAUUAUCACUCCUUUCCACCUGUUUGAAAACAAUCCAUUCUUCACUAUCUAACUCGUUCAUAAUUCCUUUGUCUACAAUAGCCCAAUAUUAUAUUUUUUCUUUAUGUGCUACUUCUCACCCUUUCUCGCUGUUUUUUAUUUUUUACAUCUAGGAGAUUUUUAUUUGUUUGUUUAUACCUUUACUGUGUUAAAAUCUUACAUAAAUCUUGAUUUGUCAGCUAAAUUUUAAUUCCUAUGAAGGCAGGGAUUCUCUCAUUCUUCAGGUAUUCUCUGUUUACCCAGUGCCAAGCACACGAUAGGAACUCAAUAUUUAUUAGUAGUAUAGUUGUAGAUAAGAAAGGCGGUGGAGUAUUUUCAUUGCAUUAAGUAGACUUGGAAUUUAGAUAUGAGUAUUUUUUCUGAUUUCCCUUGAGAUUAAAUUUUGACAAUGUAAGAGAUAUUCUUGAAUAACAGGUCUGUGUUCACACUUUAUUAUUGGAAGGGAGUUUCCAUUAAAAAGGAUGCUCAGUUACCUGCAGGUUCUUUGAAUAGUAGCAUGUGUCUAUAAUACGUGACCCUAUAGAAUUUUAAAUAUUGUAAUUACAACUUCUACCAAGCUCUGAAAAAUUAUGUGUGAAGAUGGAAGGAAAAUUGGGCCUUGAAUUAUUGAAAAAUCAUAAACCAGCAUCCCAAUGAUUACUGUUAAUAUACAAAAUACAAAUAAUAAGACAAUAGUCUUAUUUUUUUUCAAUUUGAAUUCUAUUACUUUGAGUUAAAAAAUUGGCUUCUGCAUGCGGAAGUUCAGAGGGCAAUGUUAGGUAUAAACAGUGAAGCACAAUCUAUUACAGAUAGAUCAGAGUUAAGUCUCAUUUUUAUAAUGCACUAGUUAUUGAAUUUGGGCAUGUUGCUUAACCCUUCUGAGCUUUAGUUUCUUCACUUAUGAAAUCGAGACAGUAAUAACCUAUCUCAAAAGAUUAGAGCAAGGACUAGAAAACAUAAACCUUCCAAUGCACCAAACACAUUAGUGGCAUCUAACACCCGCAAAUUGUCUUUUGCUACUCUUCUUCCCCACUCCCUCAUUUAGAUACACAUUAUUUAAUCGAAAGUCUUAUUUAAAUUUUUUGCCCUCUGGUGUAUCAUAGCAUUUUGACAUUUGUGAGGAAGUUACUCUUAAAUAUAACAGUGAUUAAGAGGGAAACUAGAG